UUCUAAUACGCAAACUCAACCCUUUCUCGCCUUGGACCAGGCUGAUGAUCUAAGGUAAUAACACCAACGGUAUGGCUCCCACAUCUCACGGAAGAGUUGGUCCAAACGGCCGCGAGAGUCUUGCGAAUGGCUCCGUGAACAAUAAUGGCCCACCACCGUCGACUCUGGCCGCGCAGCUGGUGGAAAAUAUCUCUGCUUCGACGCGCUCUUCUCGACCGGAUGAGACAGCAGAAUUAAAGAAGUUCUUUGGCAUCAUAGAAGAAGUUAAGAAUCAGCCUGAACUAUUAAAAACCGCGAAAGAGCGAAUGGAACAUAAUCACAUGUUGAUCUAUGUCUAUACCCGAGUUGUUUUAGAAGGCCUUAGAUGGGAUGACCCCUUUGCCGACAGAGUUCAGCUACGCGCAGAUGCAUUAAAGGCUGUGAAUUUUUUGAAGAUCACCAUCAGAGAAACACCAGAAGUCCUGACUGCAAAAUCCGACCCAGCUUCGUUCCUCUUCAGGGGAGGUGAACCAUUGUGGUUGUGGAUCUUCCCGAAAGUCUUGAAAAUGCUUGGGAACGGCCAUUCUGCUGAUCUAAGAGGCGAAAUUGAGCUAUUCUUCCAUGAAGUCCUCUUGACUGCCUCUCAUACUGGGGUUUUGUGGCCUGUCUUACCACAGCUCCUUACAUAUAUUAAGCUAUGCUUCAACGCUAUAAUGGAACACUUCAAGGGGCUCAAAGUCAAUUCGAUGAACCGAGAUAUCCCUAUUCACUUACAACUACCCCCAGAACCAUUUCUGAUGUCUAUUGCGAGUGGAGACUUAAAGUUACUCCAACAACAAUGUACAUACGUUAUACCUUUGGCAUCGCAAGCUCUACAACAUGCUACAUGCCUUCUCUCUAUCAUAUCCACACCUCUAACGCAACACUACGCUGAAUUCGACAUCAUGUCUGCUUUCCAGGAGUAUAUUCCUUGGCUGUUUGACGCUUAUCUUAAUCUCCAUGGCACGCAGGUUCGAUGGCAAUACAUAUUUCCUAGUGUCCUCCCUCUACUCUUAAAAAAUGCCUUGGAAUUCUUUGAGGCCGUCGAAAAGUCCGAUGGCUUUGAUACUUGUAUUCAGCAGAAAGCAUCUACGCUACUGGUUCUUCUCUGCAUGGAAAUGUCAAGUCAUUUUUUGGGACAUCUUAUAGCUGACCAGCAGGGAAGUUCUGACUACCAAUUGCUUUGCAGGUCACUUGGCAAGGUGGCUAAGACUUGCCUACAAUCUGAACCAAUAUCACGACUCGUUACCUCGCAGCUGAUACCUGCCCUCGAGAAGCCGAUAAUGGGGAAUGAGGUUGCUGUCUCCGGUACUGAUCUAUGGAGGUGUUUAGAACUGCUCCGGAAAGUGGCUACUACUCCUAUAUCUACUUCGCUGGGUGUCGUGGCACAGACCGACCAAUUUUCCGACGAGGCACUCCGCCAGCAGGUUAAUGAAUUGAACAUAGAAGUCGCAGAUGCUACGGAAUCUGAGCGGCAGUCAAAGCGAAGAAAAGUCUCGGCUGAUUCGCUGUCGUUAUCCAAAGUGACCGCUCGCCUAUGGCAUCUGCUUGGGGUUGAGCCCCUGACGAGUCUCGCAGACUUAAAGCCUAUCCUAGAGACAAAAUUCCAAGAACUAUCGGAACCCGAACUAUGCCGAAUUAUCGACUUGCUCGGCUACGUCUGUUGUGCCGCAGAUGAUACGCUUUUGAUACAUGAGAAGAAAGGCGAUAAGUUCCUGCGACUCGACUGUCGUCAUUGUCAGGCUUCACAAUCGUCACCCGAAAAUUCGUUUUAUCUUGACCUCACUACAAAGCAAGCAGUUCAAGGCAUUUUUGCUUCGUUGGUUCAGCUUCCAAGUUUCCUCGAAUCUCAGAAACCACGUGUAACUGCGAUGACUGCCGUGAGACGCAUCGCAAAGCACUGUACAGAUUUGAACUUUCUGGACAUAGAAAUUUCUACAACUGCACAAUGGUGCUUGAAGUCGCUCCAGAGCUCUGUUAGAGAGCUUCGUAUUGCUGCCGGACGAACGAUUACCGUGUUUUUAUCUACAUCGACUCAUCCAAACAUCACAUCAAAAGUUAAACAAAGGAACUGCGCAAAUGUCCUCAACAUACUUCGGUCUCUUUCGGACCAAGACAUGCCUCAGCUUACAGAAACCUGUAUUUUAGCUUGGUCUCAAGUCGGAUGCGUUAUAGACGAUGAUCAACUAAACCUUGUGCUCGUGAAGCUAGUUGAUUAUCUUGGGCACGAGAGCAUGAUCAUAUCUGCAGCCGCAUUUGCCGAGAUAGUAAAGCUCGCUCGCUCUCGGGGUAUGGCCAUUCGGCAAUUCUUUGAACCGUUUUGGAGAUAUCUUGCCUUCUCCGCAACCAAGGAUCUCACGACCCGCCCGAAACUGACGAAGCUAUUAGCAGAGCUAUUAGAUAUGAGUGUGGUGGAGCUUCUACUGUACAUACAAAAAUACGCUCUUCCCUGGCUUGUGCUUACCAAGAAGCGGGAUGUCAUUCAAAAGAUCGCCGAAGCUCGAAACGAAAAAGAAGUCUGGCAGCCGUGUCUGGACGAGGCCAACCUAGGUCCAAUAUUGGCUCUUUUACUGACCCAGGAGGCCCCUGAUAUUGAGCAAUCUUGUAUGGGGCUGUUGGGACAUAUAUCGCCCCAUCUCAACAAAUCGGGUGGUCUUCUGGAGUUACUUCGAAUAGAACCUAUCGGGACUACCUUAGAACUACUCAAGGCCGCAGGCGAUUCUGACGAAGAUCGAAAACCUCACAUCCGCGGCGUCUUGAAUAAAGUGGCAAGCAUGAUGUUAGCGGGGGGUGGAGAGUUGAAACAGAAAAAAGUACACGCAUCAGGCCCUUUUCUGCAGAGGUAUGCACUGGCACUCAUGGCUGGGCUAACUCAAGUCAUCAACGAUGCGUCAAUCCGAACGCCAAUACAGGAGCGGAAGCGAUAUAUAAAAGCGAUGGAGGAGAUGAUUCGGACUGGUAAACAGUAUAUCCGUAUUGCUCGUCCGCAGAUCUCCGCUUGUCUUCAGGCGGUAAUGCUGUAUGACGAACUUCGCUCCGCUGCGUUUUCAUGCUGGGCUGCGAUGCUUAUUCACUUGGAAGAAGAGGACGUUGAAGCUCUGAUUGAAACUACAUUCUUCCUCAUAAGUCAUUACUGGUCCUCAUUCGACGAAGCAACCCAGAAACUGACCCGAAAUUUAAUCGAAUCUUUAUUAGAGAAAGAUAGUGCGGUAUUAGAAGCGAUGAUUAGCAAACUGCCAUCGUUUAGCCACAUCAACAAUCUAUUAGAUAUCGAAGCUCAACUGAGCAAGCUCCGUCAACCUGUCGACAGCAGGACGGCUUUCUCCUUGCUCGCAGAGAGAAUUCGCCAUGAGAAUGAUGGGGUCGUCUUGCUAGCACUGAGGGAGCUCGUAUCCUAUCUGCAGAGGCAGCAAGACUAUUUGCAGGCAUCCGCCGUUAGCGAGCAACCUGACUCUGUUGUGCCUAUUCUUGCUCGCUCGCUUCUCGAUUGCUCGUCACGAUAUAACGGCGUCCACGGUGAAAUUAGCGAUCUCUGCACCCAGUGCAUAGGGUUGAUAGGCUGUUUAGACCCAAACCGCGUGGAGACAGUUCGUGCGGAGAGGCAGAUCGUUGUUAAAAGUAACUUUGAGCAUGCCGGCGAGACAACAGAUUUUGUUAUAUACGUACUAGAAGAGGUUCUAGUUAAAUCAUUCCUCUCCGCGACUGAUACCAAUCUUCAGGGGUUCCUCUCAUAUGCUAUGCAAGAGCUUCUCGACAGGUCUGACAUCAGAGCUGCCGUGGAGAUGCAAGGCUCUCGAGAGGCGGCACCUAUUUACCGCAAAUGGUUGGCGAUGUCUGAAAAUGCCCGGGAGGUCUUGAUCCCUUUCAUGACUUCGAGAUACGUUGUUCAGCCAAUGGCCCCGCAGAAGACAGAAUACCCCAUCUUUCGCCCCGGUAAAACAAGGUAUGCCAACUGGAUGCGGAAUCUCACCCUUGAUCUUAUGCGUAAACCGCAAGCUCCAUUUGCUCAGCUCAUAUUCGAACCCCUAUGCCGGGUGAUUCGAAUUAAAGACCUGUCGACAGCAGAAUUUCUGUUCCCUUAUGUAGUUCUUCACAUUGUUGUCGGCGAAGAUACGACGGACGAAGAGCGUUCAAAUGUUCUUAAUGAACUUCUCAACGUACUUCAACAUGAAGUUCCGAAUAAUGCUACUUAUGAAGAGAGGGAGAAUCAAAAACUGUACUGCGAGGCUGUGUUUCGUUUUAUUGACUACGGUAUGCGAUGGUUGCAGUUGAAGAGGAGUUCAAGUAGUCUUAAUCCGCGCGACCUCGCUGCAAUGGAUAAAGUGCAGAAGAUACUUGAAUCUAUUCCUGCUGAAUUGAUAUCGAAGCGGGCAGGAGAUUGCAAGGCUUACUCUCGAGCCUUGUUUCAUCUGGAACAGCAUAUUCGUCAGGUGGACGAGGACAAGAGAGGCACCGACGAGAGAGAGCGAUACCUUCAAAGGCUGCAAGACAUAUAUACGCAAAUAGAUGAACCGGAUGGCUUAGAGGGAAUAUCAGCACAUCUGCACGUACUUGAUAUUAACCAACAGGUGCGAAGUCAUCGGAAGGCUGGGAGAUGGGCAGCGGCACAGACUUGGUAUGAAAUCAAGCUGGCUGAAGACCCUGAUAACGUGGACGUUCAGAUCGAUCUCUUAACUUGCCUUAAGGAGUCAGGACAGCAUGAUGUCCUUCUGAAUUACGUAGAAGGUAUCGAAAAGCACACCGCAGUAACGACGAUCAAUCGGAUAGUGCCGUACGCCGUAGAAGCGUCCUGGGCAACGGGAAGAUGGCAGACUAUGGAAAAGUUCAUUAGGAAGUAUCAAGGAGAUCUCACGGAAAAUUUCAACGUAUCGAUCGCUCAAGCCCUUCUUUGCCUAAAAAGGGGAUCAACCAAGGACUUCGUCGAUCAGAUGAGAAUACUCAGAGACAGAGUUAACGCAUCCAUGAAUUACUCGGUCACAUCAUCACUACAGGCGUGUCACGAGCCCAUGCUGAAGUGCCAUGUUUUAACCGAUCUAGAGCUCAUUGCUGGCAUUAACAACGAUGGCAACCAACACCCCCAGGAGGUGCUCAAAACUCUGAGCCGACGUCUUGAGGUUCUCGGAUCUUAUGUAAGCGAUAAACAAUACGUGCUCAGUAUUCGGCGGGCAGCCAUGAAAUUACUAGGGUCGCGAUUUAGUGAUCUGGAUAUCUCAGCUCUCUGGCUGUCAAGUGCUCGGCUUGCAAGAAAGGCCGGUUCCAUGCACCAGUCCUUCAACGCGGUACUCCAUGCUUCGCAGCUGGGUGAUAAUUCCGCGACCAUCGAAAAUGCCCGGCUCUUAUGGAAAGAAGGUCACAAUAGAAAGGCAAUACAGACGCUUCAGGGAGCCAUUGAUAGCCAGGCAUUUACCAGCCAUAGUUUCACUGAACAUGAAUCCUCCGAGAAAAAUGUUGAGUCGCAACAGAGCAUGUUGACUGCGCGUGCUCAAUUGCUUCUUGCAAAGUGGCUCGAUAGCGCAGGCCAGACUCAUGCAUCCGCACUGCGGGAACAUUAUCGGAACGUCCCUAAAAUCUACGGUACAUGGGAAAAGGGUCACUAUUACCUCGGCCGACAUUAUAAAAAAGUCCUUGAAUCUGAAAAGGUUCUAAAACCAGAUGAUCAAAGUGACGAAUAUCUGACAGGGGAGACAGCGAAGCUCGUAAUCGAGAACUACAUCAGAUCGUUAAACUAUGGGGUCAAGUACCUCUACCAAACUCUUCCUCGGGUACUAACGUUAUGGCUUGAGAUGGGUGCCCAGGUCGAUAAAGCGCCGGAAGGCAAGAUCUCGCUUUCCAAAGAGCUUCACUAUCGUCGUAAAACACAGCUCGAGUCGCUCCAUAAGUAUCUUUUCAAAUCAAUUCAGCGGCUGCCUGCGUACAUCUUUUAUACGACUUUACCUCAACUGGUAGCUCGUAUCGCUCAUCCUAAUACCGAAGUAUUCAUGAUACUCGAGGAGAUUAUACUGAGAGUUGUUGAAGCUCAUCCAAGACAAGCGCUAUGGAGUCUGUUUGCUGUUAUGACAUCUCGGCAAGCGACUUCGGAACGGAGGACGCGCGGUCAGCAGAUGCUACAAAAGCUCAGAGGUAAAAAUAAGAAGGUAGAGAACGGUACCUACGAUCUGAAAGCUCUGCUACGAAUGGGCGAAAAGUUGGCAGAGCAGCUACUCAUGGCUUGCAAUAAUGGGGAUUUCCAGAGCAAUAGGACGACAGUAGCCAGCAUCACCCGGGAUUUGAACUUCAAUCAUAAAUGCACUCCGUGUCCCCUCGUCGUCCCGAUCGAGGCCUGUCUCACGGCUACGCUACCUACCCUCACGGAUAAUGUCAAAAAACAUAAAGCAUUUUCGCGAGACGUCAUUGCCAUCCAGUCAUUCCUCGACGAGGUUUUGGUGCUGGGUUCUUUAGCAAAACCUCGAAAACUUACGGCUCGCGGGUCAAACGGGGUAAACUAUGGUCUGCUCAUCAAGCCGAAGGACGAUCUCCGAACUGACCAGCGGCUGAUGGAAUUCAAUGGGAUGAUCAAUCGAUCGCUGAAGCGAGAUGCGGAAUCUAGUAGGAGACAACUGUACAUUAAAACGUACGCCGUUACGCCACUCAAUGAGGAGUGCGGUAUCAUCGAGUGGGUUGACGGGCUUAAAACACUUCGGGAUAUUCUCCUCGCCAUUUACCGAUCGCGUGGCAUUGUGCCCAAUUAUCAACACCUAGCGCAGAUGAUGAAAGAUGCCGCCUCGGGAGACAAGAAUACCAAAAUCUUUUCAGAAACCAUCAUAGGAAUGUUCCCACCUGUACUUCCUAAUUGGUUCAUUGCGCAAUUCCCGAACCCCUCAGCCUGGUUCGCAGCUCGACUCAGGUAUACAAGGUCGUGCGCUGUCAUGUCGAUGGUUGGUACCAUUCUAGGACUCGGUGAUCGACAUGGAGAGAACGUGCUCCUAGAAGAAGGCAACGGCGGCGUAUUUCAUGUCGACUUCAACUGUCUUUUCGAUAAAGGACUUACCUUUGCGCAGCCCGAACGGGUACCGUUCCGCUUAACGCACAAUAUGGUGGCGGCGAUGGGAAUUUACGGAUACGAGGGACCGUUUAGACAGUGCUCAGAGCUGACACUGAGCAUUCUCCGACAGCAAGAGGAAACGUUGAUGACUAUUUUAGAAGCUUUUAUCUACGACCCGACGUUAGAUCUGCAGCGGGAUAAGCGUAGAAAAAACGAGGUUGUCAGGCUUAACCCGCAGAGCGUGGUAGACAGUAUUAAGAGGAAAGUUAGGGGUUUAUUACCCGACGAGAGCAUACCGCUUGGGGUUGAGGGGCAGGUGGAAGAACUGAUCAAGCAGGCUGUCAACCCGAAGAACCUAUCGGCCAUGUAUAUUGGUUGGUGUCCGUUCUUGUAGAAGAACAGUACUAUUUCAUUUUUAUGGCUGCUCGUUUCCUCACUAUGGGAUUUGGGAUUCGAGAAGCGAGAAGCGAGAAGCUCAUUGUUACCGUGGGGUUUGGACAUGAUAUUUUUAAUAGUCAUUCUCUACACGCAGGUUCUGUAUAUUUAGGCUGUGUUUCUUGCGUGUUUACAUUGGAAGAAAAGGAUGUACGAUGUAAUAAAAUAUGAGAAAAU